UAUAAAACCACCAACAGUGGGCAGCUCGGCCAGCAGAGCUGUGAGUCAACAGUGAAGAAGGAGCCACCAUGAACUUCACUGGAAAGUACCAACUGCAGCAUCAGGACAACUUUGAGCCCUUCAUGAAGGCAAUUGGUCUGUCUGAUGACCUCAUUCAGAAGGGGAAGGACAUCAAGAGCGUGUCAGAAAUUGUGCAGAAUGGGAAGCAUUUCAAGCUCACCAUCACCACAGGGUCCAAAGUGAUCCAGAAUGAGUUCACCCUGGGGGAGGAGUGUGAGCUGGAAUCCAUGACUGGGGAGAAAAUCAAGACAGUAGUUAAUAUGGAAGGUGACAAUAAACUAGUGACAACCAUCAAAAAUGUCAAGUCUGUGACUGAACUCAACGGCGACACAAUCACCAAUACCAUGACAUUGGGUGACAUUGUCUUCAAGAGAGUCAGCAAGAGAAUUUAGACAAACUGCGACACAUCUUCUUUUACUGUGUAAAAUUAAUAAAGUAAACUUUGUUU